AUGGGAGACUCUCAACCACAAGAUUCCAAAAAAAGGGCAGUGUAUGAAGCAUGGACGCAGGAACAAAGUGAUGCCUUGUUACGAAUUCUGGCUGAAUCUGCAAUUAGGGGAUGGCGCGAUAAUAGUGGUAUAUUUAGCAAAGCAACAGUAGAGGAAAGGAUAUUGCAUGUUCUCAAUGAAAAACUUAGGUCCAAUAAAAAUUAUAAUCACUACCAAAGUCGUAUCAAAUGGUUUAAGAGCUGUUGGAAUGCGUAUUCAAAACUGUUGAAGUUUAACUCUGGUUUUGGUUAUGACAACGACAACAAAAAAUUCACGGCCCCAGAUGAAGUAUGGGAUGCGUAUAUAGAGGCUCACCCAAAAGAUGCAUACUUACGCACUGGGAGUUUUUCGGAUUAUGAUGAAUUGAGGCUUGCUGUUGGAAACGGUGUAGCUGUAGGAAGAAACGCAAUUGGAGUGGGCAGUGCUACUGAUGCUAGGACAAUAGGAGUUGAUGAAAGUAGAGGUCCGCUCAUAGAGGAGUUUAAUUACGAUACUGCUACUGAAGCGUUUGUAGUACUGGGUGAAGAUGAUCCACUGUUAUCCGCCUCCAAAUCACCUUUGGAGCCCACUGAAGUGCCUGUGGAGUCCACUCAGAGAAGAGCUCCCGCCAAAAGAAGCAGAGGCCAGUUUGAGACAAAUUCAGGCCACACUGAAAGUAGUUCGCAUCAGGAGCUCAUGGUAGAAAUUAAAAAAGUCACUAGCACAAUGGAUCGAGUUGAAAGCCUCUUCGUGAAACGAGAUACUAUGAUGGAGAAAAGAGAAAAGGAAAAAAGUUUUACAACUUGGGAUGCUAUCUUAGAAAUUCCUGAUUUGAGUGAAGAUGACCAAUACACAGCAUUUGACUUGCUUGUUACAAAGUCACAAAAAGAUGGAUUUAUGAAAAUGACUGUUCCUCAACGCAAAAGAUGGAUAGAAUUCAAGACUAGGAAAUAG